AUGCUGAACGCUUGGCUAAUAAUCUGGAACGUAGAGGCGAAAGAUGCUGGGAGAUACCAAGUGACGGUCAAAUCCAACAACUUGAAAGAUGCAUGUAGCUUUGUGGAACUGAUAGUGACGGAAGCUUUCAUCCCAAAGUGCAUUGCAGAUAAAAAAUACCCCCUGGUGGCCACUCUUGUGGUCACGAUUCUGCUCAUUGUCAUCAUCGCCUUGGCUGCUCGGAAACCACAGCUUUGUUCACCGUGUCCUCCUGUUGCUGACGGCGCCUGCCCAGACCGCUGGAUUGGGUACCAUGGAAAAUGCUACUAUAAAUCCGAAGAUGAAGGGAAUUGGAGUACCAGUGAAACAACAUGUUCCUCAUUCAAUGCUACCUUGGCAUUGAUUGAUUCGCAGCGGGACCUGAGUUUUUUGGUGAACUUGACUCGCCCUGUUCAUCACUGGAUUGGCCUCUCGAGGCAAACAGGCCAGGAGGCAUGGAAAUGGCAGAAUGGCACAGAAUUUACACACCAGUUUCUUGUACGAGGAGACAACAGGUGCGCAUACCUAGACGACACUGGGGUCAGUAGCACCAGGUGCUCCCAAGAGAAAAACUUCCUCUGCAGCCAGCCAGAUGCCUGUUCCAGGAAGAGAAAGCCAAACCUUGCCAGAAAGGAUACGUGACCUGCUUGGCGUGGAAGACGGCCCAA